AAACAAGUGGAUUCAAGAAACAAUAAACAAUGAUCAUGAUGAUGUUUUAAUAUCCAAUAAGAGACAUAUUAACGUUAAAAACAUACCAGAAACGGUGCAAAAGAAACAGCGUCCAGAUGAAGGCGAAUGUUCGAAAAAAUGGGAUCUUAGACCCCCGAAGAAAGUAAAUUAUUAUUAUGUCAAUACGUCAAGUCCUGAUUUAUCGGAAAAUGACACCAUUUCUCGAGAGAGUACACCAUGUCCCACAGGUAUUUUGACACCAGGUGUAGCCUUUGGGGUGGUUGACAACAAAUCGAAUGAAAACAGCAAUGAUGAAGACAAUGAUAGAUACGAUGCAGAAAGUCUUGAAGAUGUUUGUUGUUAUAAACAAGCCUUGGAUGAUAAAAUUGUAAUGGGAGAUAACACAACAUUAGAUAAAUAUGAUUCUUCAAAUGAUUUUUCUCUAUCAUCCAUUUUGAGACAAUAUUGUGCGAAAAAAAAUACCUCACCUUAUGACCCGGCCCACAGUUAUAUUUUAGACCUAUCACUAACAUCAAAAAUUAAGGAUGAAUUCAGUCAUAAGCAGUGGUCCGAAUUGUUGAAAAGACCUGAUGUAGUCAAGAAAACUUUUCAUCACGAAAUUGAACCAUUUAUCAUACACCUGUUUGAAAAUAAUAUGGACUUAUCUCAAGCUCGUUUGAAAUGGGAUGAACUUCAUAAUGUAGUUGCUCCUGAAUAUAAAAAUGAGUUUUCAUAUAAGAGAAAUGAAUGGAAGAAAAUACGAUGGUGGAUCCAGCAAGUAAUCGGGCAAUUCCUGGAUGCAUUUGAGUCAUUUCGAAGCCCCUUAGAAAAUAACUGUAAUGAGCGUGAGUGGACAGGCGAUUAUAUCAUUCCCCUAAUACAGCGUGUUUUAAAGUUAGAUGGUAGAUGUCUUGUCCCUUGGGGAGAAGUUUCAGUUUUAGCAACUCAACGUCGUCGUAACAAUAGUAAAGAUAUUAAUACCGAAAAAGUGACACGAAGCCAUCAAGCAGAUUUUUUGUGUAGAUAUGAACGGAAUGAAAUUGCCUGUGGAUUAGUAUGUGGUGGCCCACAUGCUUACGACUUAACAAAGUAUGCCUCUGAUCAGUUUAACUUGCCACGUAUGAUGAAGGAUAUGCUUGAUGAUUUGAUGUUAAAAUUUUAUUAUGCAAAUAAUCUUAAAUUAUAUAUAAUCGGAAUCCAGGUAUAUAUGACAGAAGUUCAAAUUUACAUAAUGGAAAAACGCGAAAUAUAUUUUCUUCAUCAUUUAAAAUCAUUUGAUCUACCAAUAUCAUUUUCUUCCUAUAAUAGUUUGAAAUUUGCAUUAAGAACUGUGUGGAAUAUUCGGGGAUUGGUAAAUUCUCUAAUUCAGGAAUUUGACAUUAUUUUAGAUGGUCAUGAAGGGUUUGAAACUCCACCACGUGUUUCAGGUGAUAUGAAAACCCAAGUAACACCACCAAAGCAACCAAAAAAGAAGUGA